AUGGUAACAGGGAAUACCAGAGCCACAGACACACAGCGGCCCAGGAGUCAACGGGGACAACAGCAGCCCCACAGAGAGAAGCCCCGGGCAAUCCCCAGCAACCAGUAUGUAGAGCCCCCCAGGAGGCUGCAGCGACGAGUCCACAGGCCCCGCCAGGCGCCAAAUAGGCUAGGACUGCCACUGCCGGCAACGACCCCAGGCUGGGGGCCGGAGCAGCAGCUGAGGAAGACCGGUCCAGCACACCAAGGACCAGGCACCACAACAACCUCACAUCACAGGCCCGGCGAAGCCCUGGCACGUCACCUGAGUAGGAGAUGUGGUCAGACCUUAAAGUCUUCAAACCAGCGCACCGGAGCCGUGCGUAAAGGAGGAAUGGCUCCCCAGAAUGUCCUGUGUCCGCUCGUCCUCGCGCUGCUGUGCGCGCAGUCUCUCGGGCAGGUGUUCCACCUGUCGCUCUCCGUCAAAGAGGGGUUGCCCGCUAAAACCAUCGUAGGAGAUCUGGGCGCGGUUUUAACCAGACCCAGCACCGGGUUCUUCAUCUCAGAGAGCAGAGACUCGUAUGUGCUCAGGGACCUGGAGAUAGACGCAGACAGGGGCAUCAUCUCCACGGCUGUGGUCCUGGACAGGGAGCGCAGGGACAGGUAUGAGUUUGUGGCAGCCACCCUCACCGGGGAGAUGAUCAGAGUGAGGCUGGAGGUGGAAGAUGUGAACGACCACUCACCUGUGUUUCCCACUGAGGAGGUGCUGUUGGAGAUAUCAGAGUUAAGCCCGCUGGGGAGCCGGUUUCAACUUGUAGGUGCCAAGGACCAGGAUGAAGGAGAGUUUGGUACUCAGGGGUACAGGGUCAUGGAGAUGCAAAUGGCUGAGCUGUUCCAGCUGGAUUACCACAGUGGAUCCGAGGACCUGGAUCUCAUUCUGAAAAAUAAAGUAGACAGAGAAACGCAGGACGUCUACGUUCUGACAAUAGAGGCCUUCGAUGGGGGAGUCCCAGCCAGGACAGGCACCCUGCAGGUGAACGUCCGCAUCCUGGAUGAGAACGACAACCCUCCUGUGUUCAGCCAGACUGAGUACCACACCUCAGUGGGCGAGGAUGCUCCCACGGGGUCUGUCAUCUGUCAGGUGCACGCCUCUGACCCUGACCUGGGGGACAACAGCAGAAUCACCUACGAGAUCAACAGGCGGCAGAGCGACCCCAACCAUGUGUUCUCCAUCAACAGAACCACUGGCGUGGUUCAUCUGAACAAGCAGCUCGAUUUCGAGGCUCAGUCGUUUCACGAGCUGAUCAUCAGCGCCAGAGACAAUGGAUCCCAGCCUGAGUUCAGCAGCACCUUCGUGGGUGUCAGGGUGCUGAACGUUAACGACAACAGUCCCACCAUCAACGUGCUGUUCCUCAGUGAGACAGGAGACGCUGUGGUGUCUGAGGCGGCAGCAGUCGGGGAUUACGUUGCUCGGAUCUCUGUGUCAGACCCGGACUUUGAGGGUGAGAAGGUCAUUGUCACUCUGGAGGGAGGGGAUGGGAAGUUUACCCUGAAGCAAACGGACGACUUCCUGUAUGCCUUGUGCGUAAACUCUGAGCUCGACAGGGAAGAGAAGGACCUCUAUGAGUUGAAGGUCCAAGCAUCUGAUUUAGGAAGUCCUCCACUGAGAAGUGAGGAGAGUUUCUUUCUGAGAGUGUCUGACAACAAUGACUGCCACCCAGUUUUUGGAAAGAAUACUUACAUUAUAAGCAUCGCUGAGGAUGCUCCUGUGGGGAGUUCCCUCAUCCAGAUUCAGGCCCGGGAUGCAGAUGAAGGCAUCAACUCAGAUGUCAGGUACUCCAUCAUGAAAUCACAGCAGGACAACCUGAUCAGCCUCGACGCCGAGUCGGGCCUGAUCACCACCGCAGUAGCACUGGACAGAGAGAGGCAGGCGGAGGUGUCCUUCUUGGUCCUGGCAGCAGAUAGAGGGGAUCCAGCUCUGUCUUCCACAGCUACCGUCACAGUGCUGGUGGAGGACGUGAACGACAACGAGCCGGUGUUCCAGCAGCAGCUGUACAACGUGUCCAUACCCGAGCACAGCGAUGUUGGAAGCUGCUUUUUACAAGUUGUUGCCACGGACGCAGACGGCCCAGACUUCAGCGCUCUGCUCUACUCUCUGUCUGACGGCUUUGACAAUCAGGAAAAGCACCCCCUCUUCCAAAUCCAACCACGUACCGGAGAGCUGUGUGUCUCCCAGGACAUCGAUCGAGAAUCAGGACAAACUGUCCACGACAUUGUGGUCAAAGCUGAAGAUCCAGGGGGUCUGAGCGCUCAGGCGUACGUUCAUAUUGAGAUCGAAGACUUGAACGACAACCCACCGGUGUUCAGCCCAGAGGAGUACACAGUGAGCAUCAGCAGCCACGCUCCUCCUGGAACAGAACUCGGUACUGUUAUCGCUACGGACCGAGACGUUGGCAGAUUUGGACAAAUCGCCUACAACAUGCAACCUGGAGACGUGUCCAGUUAUUUUGCUCUGGAUAAACAAACUGGAACUCUCUUCCUGAACUCCUCUCUGACCCACCUGGGUGCAGCCAGCAUGAAGCUCUUCAUCACCGCACAGGAUGAGGAGGGCUUGACCUCACCCAGACCUGCAGAGGUCACCGUUAACGUUUUACAGAGCUCUCAGGCUCCAGCUGUGUUCCAGAGGUUACGCUACACCUUCACAGUACCUGAAGACGCACCUGUUGGGACGUCUGUGGGGACAGUGCAGGCUACAAACCCAACCGUGGAGGCUCGUGACAGCGGCGCUCGGCCAUUUUCAGGGACAACCACUGUCUUGUGUUCCGUGCUGGACCACAAUGACAACCCACCAGAGUUUAUGCAGUCUUCGUUACAGAUCAGCCUGCCAGAAAACCUCCCUCCUGGAGUUAUACACACAGCUCAGGCCUCUGACCCAGACUACGGAGAAAAUGGCACCAUACACUACUCCAUAUUAGGUGAGGAUUACAGAGGUCGAUUCACCAUCGACAGUCUCAGCGGGGCUGUCAGUACUACACAGGUUCUUGACCGUGAGGAAGCACAGAAUUAUACUCUCACUAUUCAGGCCCAAGAUUGUGGUCCAGCCCCACUCAGCUCCACCACCCAACUUUAUCUGGUGCUGCUGGACCAGAACGAUAACGUCCCCACAUUCAGCAGUGAGAGCUACCACGCCUCCAUCAGCGAGGGUUUACCUGCUGGAGUUGAGGUCCUACGUGUUAAUGCCUUUGAUCCUGAUGACGGGCCUAACGGGGAUGUGACCUACUCACUGACUGAAGACAGCAGCCACGGGGCUUUUUCAGUGGAUAUCUACACUGGAUUGAUCCGCACCACCAGACCUCUGGAUAGAGAAAGUGUUUUUCAGUACACCCUCAGAGCUGUGGCCACAGAUAGCUGCGCUCUGGGACCACUGAGCUCCGUGGCAUCGGUUACUAUACAAGUGGAGGAUGUGAAUGACAACUUGCCAGUCUGUGACCAGAAUCCCUUCAACACUUGGGUUUCCACAAAGACUCCACCAAACCAGAUAGUUGCCACUGUGGUGGCAACAGAUGACGACCGGGGCGAGAACAGGACGAUGCAGUUUAUGUUAUCCGAUGAGGAAAAUCUGUUUGACAUAAACACAGAGUCAGGAGAAAUCUCACUGAGAAGACGAGUGAGAGCAAGUUUUACUGGGAAAAAGCUGCAGGUGGUGGUUUCAGACCGAGGCCUUCCUUCUUUGACCUCCACCUGCUUGGUUUUCAUCCAUCUGAAAGGAGAACAUGAUGGACUUCAGUUCACAAACAAAAUGUACAAUGCUACGGUCGAGGAAAACAGCAGAACAGGCACUUUGAUUGUGAAAGUGGAGGCCAGUGAUGAAACAAAGAGUAGACAAAGAAUCACAUACUCCAUAUUUAGUGGCAACGAGAAUCACGUUUUCUCCAUGAACCGUCACACAGGUGAGAUCCGAGUGCAGAAAGAUAACGCUCUAGAUUAUGAAGCUAGCCCUCAGAUCCAGCUGGUUGUACUGGCCGACAGCGGGAUGCAGACAGCUCACUGCAGGGUUAUCGUCACCCUGCUGGACAUUAACGACAACGCCCCACAGUUUGAACACAGCAGCUACAGAACAUCUGUUUGGGAGGGGCAAGUGCGCAACACCUACGUCAUGCAGGUGUUUGCAUCUGACGCUGACAGCGGUGUGAACGGACAUAUUGAAUACUCCAUCCUGUCUGGUAACACUAACGAACCGUUCGUUUUGGACUCUGUGAGAGGCAUCCUUGCCACCAACGUUUUACUGGAUCGUGAGAUCACUCCUUCGUACAAGCUGGUUCUGAAGGCUGUGGACAAGGGCAAACCAUCUCUCAGCAGCACUGCUGUCGUUAGGGUCCAAGUGGUGGACAUCAAUGACAAUAGCCCGGUUAUUCCCCCAAUGGAGCCUGUGUUCAUAGCUGAAAAUCUACCAGCGGGGUAUCUUGUCACUCAGGUGACUGCGAAUGAUGUGGACCUGGGCUCAACCAUCACCUACAGCUUUUCAGAUAACAGCAGCACCAGCGAUGCCUUUGCUAUUGACCGCUACACCGGAGCAAUUACCCUGACUCGGGCUUUGGACUUUGAGUUAAAAACGGAGUACAAUCUAACAGUGUGGGGGUCCGACUCGCUCCAUCAGACCACCGGAGAGGUUAAAGUUCAUGUAGUUGAUGUCAACGACAACGCUCCUGUCUUCACACAGGCCUCCUAUCAGGUGGAGUUGUCAGAGCUGGUCGCAGAAGACGUGGUAGUUGUGUCUCUCGCUGCUACAGACAAGGACUCGGGACUCAAUGGCAACAUCAGCUACAGACUACUCUCUUCUCUUCUUCAAGGCUUCUACAUCCAACAAGACACUGGUGCUGUUUUCACCAACAAGCCCAUGAAGAAAAUUGCAAACGGCAACCCGAUCCAUCUACUGGUCGAGGCAAGAGAUGGAGGCGAUCCUGUGCUCUCCACUGUCACAUCCGUCAACAUCCACAUUCUGGACUACAAUGACCAUGAACCUUUGUUUCAUCAAGAUGUCUACACUCUUUCUGUCCCUGAGGACACACCCACUGACACCACCCUACUUACUCUUUCUGCAGAGGACAGAGACUGGAGCCCCGAAAAUACCCAUCUGGACUAUGAGAUCGUCAGUGGAAAUGAGGGAAAACGAUUCUGUUUGGAAGUGAAAAUGAUACUAAUUGAAAAUCGAAUGGCAAAUGUAGGAAGGCUUGUGCUGUGUCAACCUUUAGACCGUGAGACAACUGAGAGCUAUGAACUAACAGUUACUGUUUCUGAUAGAGGAACGCCUCCACUGAACAGCUCGGCUGUCAUCAAAGUGACCGUUACAGACUGCAAUGACAACUGCCCUAUUUUCUCCAGCACAGAGUACCACACACAAGUGAGUGAAAACAGCCAGAUAGGUACCACUCUGGUCCAGGUCAGUGCUCAGGAUCCUGAUCUUGGAAUCAAUGGCCUUGUGCGAUAUGACAUUGUUUCUGGGAAUGGAAAAAGUCACUUCAAACUUGACUCUCAGUCAGGUGUUUUGGUAAUCAACCAUUCACUUGACUAUGAGCAGGACUUAAAGUACACUCUGACCAUCAGAGCUUCAGAUGGAGGUGAUGCAUCUGAAAACCAUAAAAUGGCUUUUACAGUUGUCUUCAUCGAAGUCCUGGAUGAGAAUGACAACACUCCAUACUUCAUGUUCCCUACAGUGAACUGUUCAGUGCUUGAAAACCUCCCAGCUUUUACUCAUACAUGUUCUGUUCAUGCUGUUGACAAGGAUUUAGGUCCAUAUGGCCAGCUUACCUAUUCUAUUCUGUCCUCUUGCUUCAUGGACUACGGAAGUGGCAACCCAGAGAGGAAGGAGGCUUUUGCCAUUGACCCCCUUACAGGAGAUAUCCACACCAGACAAACCUUUGAUUAUGAACGUGACAGCGAGUACUGCUUUGUAGUGGAGGCCAGAGACAAAGGUGACAAAACAGCGACAGUGAGAGUUCAAAUGAGCAUUAAGGGAGUGGAUGAGUUCAGUCCCAUCUUCACUCAGAAGCAGUACAACUUCCUCCUUGCAGAAAAUGUAGAGUCUGGUGAUACUAUUGGUUAUGUGAUGGCAAUGGACCAUGAUAGAGGAGUGGAUGGACUGGUAGAGUACUCACUCCUAAAUUCAGUGCCUUUUUUCUCAAUUAAUAAAACAAUUGGUGCCAUCUUUGUGUCAGGUCCUGUAUAUCACAGGAGAGGAAGCCAUACCAGCCAGGGGGGCAUGAUGGAACUGAUUGUGUCUGCAGGAAGUCCCAAAUUGGGUUCCAGGACUACAACUUGCCUUGUUUUUGUAAAUAUUUCCAGGUCAUCUGACGCACUUAUCGGGGUUCAACUUGAGUCACACGUGCUUAGUUUGAGUGUCGCACUGCUCUUGUUCCUUUUUGUCCUCGUCAUUUUUGUGGGUUUGGUUUUCAAAUUUAAAAGUAAAGAAUCUACCCUUGGCAAGAAUGCUGCUAUUGUUCCACACGUGAACCAUAGUAGUGGCUCAUUUGAUGAAUCCAAUGGACAAAUGCAAAGCACUAUAUCUUUGCGAGAUUUAACACAGGGCAGCUUCUUGACUACAAAGAGGGACAACUUAAACCAGUACAGUCACUCGGACUCUAGCGGUCGUGGGUCAGCAGAAGGAGAGACAGCUGAAGAUCAGGAAAUCAAAUGGAUUAAUGAGUACCCCUGCUGUAAAGAAGACAAGUUUGACAAACAAACCACAGAAAAUCCAAACUUUACCUUACCAGGAGAUAUUUCCUGCCACUCUGUCAAUUUAGAAUCAGAACCCAUUAUAUCAUUUAAUAAAAGUUUAGCCACAGGAAUGUCCAGCAUAGAAAGUCUCCACCAUUUCAAAGAGGAGGGAGGUGGGGAAGGAUUACUUCCUGCAAUACUUAGAGUGAAAGAUUUAGAGGAGAGCAUGGGGACAAAAGGGUAUGCACCACUUUCUGAAGCCCAAGCUCGUGCAGACUCUCUGUCUUCAUUGUUUUAUCUUGAGGAGCAGCUGCAAGGCAGCUACCACUGGGACUACCUUUUAGGCUGGGAACCACGCUUCCAAGCUCUGGCUUCUGUAUUCACCGACAUAAGUAUGCUCCCUGACGAGGAGCUUCAAGGUGGCCAAGAGGACUUAGCAGCAGAGUCAAGCUGUCUGAUGUACCCACCGCCUCUAAUAACUGGAGUGGCUCAGCCUGGCAUUAGGACUGUUCCUUCAAGAAGACCAGGACGAAUGCCAAACCUGAGCAGGAAGUCCUCCUAUCCAAAAUAUGCUUAUUCACCCUUAGCCAGAAACACAGGACUUACCCCAUCGGCUAUGACGCCUACUUUCUCCCCAUCACUGUCUUCUCUCACUGUCCGGACCCCCAACGCCUCACCGGUUGUCUCAGACACUGGGGUGGGAGGGAUCAGACUUGAUUCAGGGCCCCUCACUGCAAGUCUUUUGGAGGCUGAAAUUCAAGUUUAA